AACAUACUAACUCUACUCCGACUGGGAUUUGAUAGACUUUCCGUGCAGUUGAAAGCCAUAAAGCUGGUCGCCGGUGUAACGCCCACUUGCUGGAGACCUCCGUUUGGUGACGUGGAUGACAGAAUUCGUUCCAUUGCACAGUUGCUUGGAAUGUCGACCAUUAUCUGGAGCUACGACUCAAAUGAUUGGGAGUUUGGAAUGGGCGCCACAGCUCAGCAGAUCGACGACAAUUACAUGGGCUUCAUAAACGCGGCCAAGAAUGGUACUUUCAAUAAUCGUGGAUCCAUCAUGCUGACCCAUGAAUUGGACAACUUCACUAUGUCAGAAGCGAUGAAGUUUUAUGAUCAGUUGGCCGGGGCUUUUGACCACAUGGUACCCGUUGGUGUCGCCUACAAUAAGACUCAGCCAUAC